AUGUCGUCCUUUUUCCUUCCUGUCGCUCUUUCUUUCUUGGCCAGAUAUGUUCUUGCAACACCUGUUCCAAUUGUGACCGGCACCAAUUUGCCUUCUAAUAUCGCUCAGCUGGCAGGUGGUGGUCUGCCGAACCAACCUGGCUCUCCCCGUGUCUCUCAAUCUGGCUUGGGCAAUUUCCAGCUGGCUAACUUCCUGGAGAAUCUGGAGUCGGCUUUCUUUCAAGAGGGUUUGAUCAACUAUACACAAUGGGGCACUGGAGGACAAACGAACGGUGUGAGCAAUAUGGCCGUGGUCUCACGCAUUGCUGCUCAAGAGGAAGUCCAUGUCGCCUCCAUUGUGGGUUUGCUCCACGCAAACGGUGCCCAAGACGUCGCUCCAUGCGAAUACAAUUUCCCCACCACGGACGAGAAAAGCUUUCUGGCGUUGGGUAAUAUCAUCACCACCGUCGGCAUUGGUGCUUUGAUUGCCCUUUCAGAUGGUCUCUCUACGACUGACCCGAGUAUCGAGGCUACUGUCGCCUCGAUUAUUCCUGUGGAGUCCCGACAUGACGCCUUUUUCCGCCUCACCGCAAACGAAAUCCCCAAUCCUACCACCUUCGAGACCAAAAUCAGCGCUAUCUGGGCAUACAACUUGGCUCUCGACUUUAUUGUCGGAGGCUCAUGCACCAACCUGCCUUCUUCCAUUACUUCUCUGCCAGUCUUCCCCGAUCUGGGCAUUGUCGGCUACGGUGCCCCCUCAUUUGCAACCCCCAAUGCUCCCGGAAAAUUGAUCUUCAAGGUCGGCCAACCCACCAUGCUACCUCAAGGCUGGAACUCGGGUCCGCUCUACAUGGCGUGGGUCAACCAGAACAACGUUCCCGCAUACACCCCCGUGACGGUGGAUGGUGACGAACUGCACGCGGAUGUUCAGCCGGGAAUGUUUGGGAUUGCAUUCGCCGCGUUGACCAAUCAAAACACGGCGACGAAUGUUGACGAUCUGACCAAUUCAAUAGUAGCGGGACCAUUGCCACUUCCGUUCAGUUGA